GUUGCCAGUAGUCGUCCCUGGUCCUCACAUCGAGUGACGCGGACCGAGUUCUGUCGAGAUCCAAAGGCCGCCGAGCACGCGCGUGCGAGUAAAUUCGCGUGUUGAGUGUCAAUUCUGUCCGCUUUCCCGAUUUGAUCGUUUAUCCAACCGCGAGCGAAACGCGCGAUCAUGCUCACGGUAAAUACCAGGCGGAUCGUCGCAGCCGGAGAUUUAAUCACGGCGGCGGUCAGCAGUGCGGGGGAUCGUCCGUCGGUCCUUUUCCACCUCGAAAUGUACCGCUGCGCAGCAGAUGACAGUGAGAGAUGCCCUGAAUUCAGCUUUAGACGAGGAAAUGGAGAGGGACGAGAAGGUAUUUCUCCUCGGAGAGGAGGUAGCUCUAUAUGACGGCGCCUACAAAGUCUCCAGAGGCCUUUGGAAAAAAUAUGGAGAGAAACGCGUCAUCGAUACGCCCAUCACAGAGGCUGGAUUCACAGGUAUCGCCGUGGGCGCUGCUAUGGCUGGAUUGCGGCCAGUGUGCGAGUUCAUGACUUUCAACUUUUCUAUGCAAGCGAUCGAUCAAAUCAUCAAUUCCGCUGCAAAGACCUUUUAUAUGUCUGCGGGCAAGAUCAAUGUACCGGUUGUAUUUCGUGGACCUAACGGAGCUGCCGCUGGAGUAGGAGCUCAACAUUCUCAAUGUUUCGGAGCAUGGUACAGUCACUGUCCUGGCUUAAAGGUAGUAUCGCCCUACACCAGCGAAGAUGCGAAAGGUCUUUUAAAGUCUGCCAUUAGAGAUCCGGACCCAGUCGUAGUAUUGGAAAAUGAGUUGUUGUAUGGCGUUCAGUACCCUAUGUCGGACGAAGCGCUCUCAAAGGAGUUUCUGGUGCCAAUUGGCAAGGCUAAGAUCGAAAGGGCUGGUAAACACGUUACCUUGGUAGCACAUUCCAAAGCAGUCGAACAAGCUCUAGAAGCAGCAAAUGAACUUGCGGGAAAGGGUAUCGAGGCGGAAGUGAUUAAUCUUAGGUCGCUUCGACCACUCGACAUCGAUACUAUUGUGCAAUCGAUAGUAAAAACGAACCAUGCUGUGACGGUCGAGCAAGGCUGGCCACACUGUGGUAUUGGCGCAGAAAUUUCCGCCAGAAUCAUGGAGAGCGAGGCGUUCUACCAUCUCGACUCGCCGGUUAUACGAGUCACCGGAGUCGAUUCACCGAUGCCAUAUACGAAAUCCUUGGAAGCGGCUGCACUGCCUCAAAUGCAAGAUGUAGUAUUAGCCGUUAACUCGGUACUAGGAGUAUCAAAGUAGUUGAAUAAUUAGUUAGUGACAUUUAUUUGAACGGUCCUCCCUCCUUUCCAGCGAUCCCUUGAAUCCCUCAUUCCUCUAUCCCGUCUCCGUCAUGUGAUGUUUCCAACUAACAGAAGUGAGUACAAACUUGAUAAGAAAACGAACGAAUUAGCGGUUAUUAAGCCAAAUGUCUUGUAAAGAUUCAAGUGUCACCGGUAUUACCUUUGGUUUCGCUAUUACCAAGUGGACGAUGAUCGCUUAAGUUAAGCUUCUACGAGGUGGAGAUGCCGGUGAAUUGGGUUACGGCAUACGCAAGAUUGUAAAAAAGAACGAAUAUAAUUAUAUUCGAGGGUCAAA